AUGAACUCCCUGGCCUGCCCGAUCUGCUAUAGUCCUCUGGUAUCCGGAAGCCCCGACGAGACUAAAGGGUGAGUCCUCUGAUUGAUUUUUUGCUUUUCGGUUCUAAUUAGAAUCCUCUUGUCCAUUUUGUGUUGACUAUGUGUAGAACUUGUUCUAGAGCACCCGUUGUACCGGGAAGCUGCUUUGCUUGCAGCACCUGCCGGAAGUCUUAUCCCCCUAAUGAGGCCUACCUUGAUCUGACUGUGUCCAGUGGUUGUAAGGCAUACGCUGAGGUUCCGCCGCUAUUUUCCGAGCUCUUCAGGUAUGGAAAAUAUAAAGAAGAGAAGCAGAAUUACCGGGUUGCUUAAAAUGUUAAGAUAUGUGGCAUUCUUCUUUGCGGGCAAUUAUUUUUAUAUAAUGAGAGAACUUUGAUGAAUCGCAACAUAAUUUAUCUCUCCUCAGCAGCCAUUCGAUUGUUUGCAUUCUUUAAAGUAGAAUGAGCAUAAGUAUCUAACAACUAUCUUUUGUUUCAUUUAUGUAGUCCACUGACACAGAAGUAUGGUGAUGCUUCCUAUGGUCAGAUCAUGGAUAAUUUUUUCUAAACACUUUUUCAAACCAUAUGUUUCUACUUACUGUCUCAAGGUGGUUUUGCUGUUUCACCUUUUUCCGUAGCUUUGUUUUUAAAUAAAUUUAAGAACAGAAAAGUGCUUGAAAACGGAAACACGCCAUACUGGUAUGAAUAAGUGAUUGCUGUUCGAUGAUAAUGUAGCAUAUAUUUAUAAGUGCUCAAAGCAUAACUGAAGCUAAGCGUGUUGGUAUCUAUGACUAAGUUUCUAUAUAGUUUAUCUACGAUGGAUUAGUGUACAUUGAGACUUAUAUUAUUGAUAAACGCGUGCCUCUAAAUCUAUGAUUCGAAUCAACAAAUUCCUAUUGAACAUAUGCCCAGUUGGUUUGGUGAGCAGGACUCCUUUGGUGUCAUUUCUUUAUGAGAGAGGAUGGCGUCAAAAUUUUGUACUCGGUGGAUUCCCAGGUCCAGAAAAAGAGGUGCAGUAAUUUCUAGAUAUCGCUUUUUAAUUUUUGCUUUCACUUUCAUCAUUCAUCAUUCUAUAAUUUAAUUUCUUCAUCAAAUUCCAUAAUUUCCUAAAUGUGGACAUUUAAUGGAGUUGGGUUGUGUUUCCUCCCGCAACCUUGUUAUCAGUGGAACAAUUCGCAUCAACUGGUUUGACAUAAUUUUUUUCUAAUUUGAUAUUGUGCAUUUGAUCAGUUAUCCUUUUAAAAUAUGUUUGCAGUUCGAAAUGGCUAAAGAGUAUCUUAAGCCCACUGUUGGAGGAACUAUUAUUGAUGCAAGCUGUGGUAGUGGCUUGUUCUCAAGGCUGUUUGCUAAAAGUAGAUUGUAUUCUCUUGUCGUGGCCUUGGACUUCUCAGAAAAUAUGCUGCGGCAAUGCAAUGAUUUUGUUAACCAAGAAGGCCUCCCUAGAGAGUAUUCUUUUUCCUUUUACUGAUUCAAAAAUGAUCUUUAUCAGCUGGAAAUUUUGAUUUUCGAUUCUCUCUUGAAUUUAUUGUGGAGCAUGGCAUAGUUAUAUAUGAGUUGAAGAUUAUAUGAAUCAUAAAUAGCUAUUCUUAGUUCAAGUGUCUGCUUGUUUGGAGAUUUGCAGGGGCCUGGUCUUGGUUAGGGCUGAUAUUGGCAGACUCCCCUUUGUUUCGAGUUCAGUUGAUGCUGUGCACGCUGGUGCUGCACUACACUGCUGGCCUUCUCCAUCUGCUGCUGUAAGAUCUGAUUUUUUUUGAUAAACCGGAGCUAAUUUACUUAAUGGGGCGUGUAUUUCAGUGACUCACGAGCCAAGUUUUCUUUUUUGUUAUAGUGUGUUCUUUGAAAAAAUUGUUGAUGUCUUAAUUUGAUAUCCAAUUUUAUUUAUGAAAAGAUUUUACUUGUUUCUUCUGUUUAUUUAUGACGAUUUUUUAUUUAUUGACCGUUUUCUGUCAUAAUUUUUUUCUCUAUUUAAAAUUCGUAUUUCGAUUUCAUCUUUGAUAAGCAUGCUCACCAGCACCUGUAACCUGCCAAAGCAGUGUUUGCUUUGAGAGGAAACUCCUUUUAUCUUUCCCCUUGGUUUCCCUCUCUAUGAAGAUAGAACCCCAUCCUCCUGAUGCAGAUUAAGUGGCAAACAGAACCCCUUCCUCCUAGAUGAUCAUAUCUGCAGGCAUGUUUACCUUUUUUAAAAUGCUCGUUGUUUACAAGUCAUGUUUGUGGAGUGAAACUUUACUAUAUUUCAUCCUUUCCUUUCUGGUUGACAAAAACCACAAUAAGAUUCUUUAAGGAAUAUGUUGCGAAUCAUAUUCUGCUAAACCUCCAUAGUAUCAUUUAGUUUCUUCUUGAAAAAAAUCGCAUGUUAUAUCAGUGAUGUUUGUUAUGAACUGGCUCAUAAGUUUGCUCAUUAUAUUGUCAUUUAACUUCCAUUGAGAUAUAAUAUUCAUUCCUAAUUUUUUAUCUAUAGUUGACCAUUAUAUCGGUGACAUUCUGUUAGUGGUAUUACCAGUCUUGGAGAGCAACGCAUUUGACGGCAUAAAGAUUCCUUCAACAUCUAAUGUUUAACAUGAUUAGAGCUACCUCGACGUCAUUAGUUGCCUGAUUAACAUUUCUGUUUCCCCAGAAGAUUGUUGUUAAGGAAAUCUUCCUUUGGCGCAUUAACGUUGUAACGUCCUUGUCCUAGUCGUGAUUGGACCAAAAAACAUGUGAAAAAAAUAAAAUAAUGAAGUUCGGGGAUACAUUAAUACUAUUAUGGCUUUAAUGCAGGUAUCGGAGAUAAGUAGAGUGUUGCGCCCUGGAGGUGUCUUCGUUGCAACAACCUUCAUUCUUGAUGGAAUUUUCUCUUAUGUUCCAUUGCGUACAGUCAUACGCCAGGUAGACUCUGAAACCACACUCUGGUAUUGGUAAUAUGUCUUAUGUUUGCGCUUUAUUUAUUGAAUUUUCCUCGUUUCAUUAUAGAAUAUUCAAGAACUUGAGGUGCGUUCCGCACUGA